ACCUCGAAAAGUCAAGACACGCAUCCGCGGGCAGAACUGUUGAGGAACUACGGGCAAAACUGCAUAUAGUAACUUUACACCCAUUUAUGAUCAUCUUAUCAAUUGGCAGGUCGUGGACCGAUACAGUUAUUGUCGCUCAGUAGACAAAAUGACUUCUAUAGGUUUGCGCACAAUAAACAACUCAGCGAGAUCAAUAGCAAGACUGUGCCAAGUGUCCCGCUCUGCGCAUGGCACAGCUGAUUUCCACUCUUUCGUAGCCCGUUACUCUACCCUCCGUAAAUGUGCCUUUCUUCCGGGAGGAAAAUGGUCAUUCAUAAGAGCAGGAACGAGACAGAUGUCUCAUGCAUCGCCGGGGAGGAUCUCACUCGGACGGUACGGUAAAGGUGUAUUUCUGGCUGCUGGGGCAGCAGCUGUCACAGGUGUUCUGACGGCAGGUGUAAGUCACUUUCAGCGGGCCGAAAUGGCAACGAAGGUAUCCACGGUUGAAGAAGAAGAGGGGGACAUACGGGAGAGAUGCAAGUCGUUCAUGUCUCUACCAGUCACUGACAUCAGGGUCUUGGAGCAGAGGAAAGACGCGAUGUCUACGAGAAUGGAGAUGCUCAUCAUGGAGACACAGGCUGCAUUCUGUAAAGCCCUUGAGGAGGUGGAUGAAGGCACGUUCAAGGUGGACAGAUGGAGUAGAAAGGAAGGUGGCGGUGGCAUCAGCUGUGUGAUGCAAGAUGGGACAGUUUACGAGAAAGCGGGUGUGAACGUGUCCGUGGUGUUUGGGAACCUCACUGAAGAGGCCGCCAAGCAAAUGCGCAGCCGUGGAAAAGUUCUGAAAGGGAAAGAUGGGAAGCUGCCGUUCUGUGCCAUGGGCGUGAGUUCAGUCAUACACCCAAAAAAAACCCACAUUCCCACAGUGCACUUUAACUACAGAUACUUUGAGAUUGAGGAAGCAGACGGCACAAAGCAGUGGUGGUUUGGUGGAGGAACGGAUCUCACUCCUGUCUAUGUGGAUUUGGAAGAUGCCACCCAUUUCCACAAGACUCUGAAGAAAGCAUGUGACAAGCACCAUCCUAAGUACUACCCAGACUUCAAAAAGUGGUGUGACAAUUACUUCUACAUCCGUCACCGAGCACUUUAG